GUAUUGUUUUUAUUAUCAGGUCAGGUAUAAGUUCUGCUAUUUCUGAGUAGUGGCGAUUGAUUCAGUACUCACCAGCAAGAACCCCAAAACCAAAGCCAUGGCUUCAAUAUCUCUCUCAUUCGCUUAUUCUCUGCUUCCUACUACUCUCUCCCACAACAACAAUAACAACAGCAACAACAACAAAAGCAGCAACAGCUCUAUCACCCAUGGAGCCAAAGACCCCAAUUUCAUGGUUGUUCGCUGUGCAUUUGCAGCAGCACCUAGAACCACCAAUCCAUCAUCGUCAUCGUCGUCAUCGUCUUCUUCUUCUUCUUCCCCCGAGGCGGCUAGAAAGAGACACUGGAAGCAGGGCGAAUACCCUGGAGUUUCAGAGUCAUCCAUUCCUGGGAUCUCAAGGAAGUCCCCCAUCAAGAAUGUCAAGAAGAAGUUGGACCGUAAGAACAAUGCCAAAGCCUGGGUUAACACAGUUACUGAAACCUUGUCCGAACGCAUUCAGAAUAAGCAGUGGCUCCAAGCCCUUGAGGUUUUUGAAAUGCUCAGACAACAACCUUUCUAUCAACCUAAACAAGGGACAUACAUGAAACUCCUUCUUCUGCUUGGAAGAUCCGGCCAACCCAACCGCGCAUGUCAGCUUUUUGACACUAUGCUUGAAGAAGGAUUGGAACCCACUCCUGAACUUUAUACGGCCUUACUUGCAGCUUAUUGUCGCAACAAUCUCAUAGACGAGGCAUUCUCUACUUUCAACCACAUGAAGACCCUCCCUAAUUGCCAACCUGAUGUUUUUACUUACAGUACCUUAAUAAAAGCUUGUGUUGAUGCUUCACGGUUUGAAUUAGUUGAGUCCUUGUAUGAAGAAAUGGAUGCACGGCUAAUAUCUCCAAAUACAGUCACCCAAAACAUAGUGUUAAGCGGAUAUGGUAGGGCUGAAAAAUUUGACCAGAUGGAGAAAGUGUUAUCAGGGAUGCUGGAGAGCACAACUUGCAAGCCUGAUGUAUGGACAAUGAACAUUAUCCUUAGUGUGUUUGGUAAUAUGGGUCAGAUUGAUACAAUGGAAAGAUGGUAUGAGAAGUUCCGUAACUUUGGCAUUGAGCCAGAAACCCGCACUUUUAAUAUCUUGAUUGGUGCUUAUGGGAAAAAAAGGAUGUAUGAUAAGAUGUCAUCUGUCAUGGAAUACAUGCGUAAGCUUCAAUUUCCAUGGACGACUUCGACUUAUAACAAUGUCAUAGAAGCCUUUGCAGACGUGGGAGAUGCAAAACACAUGGAAUGCACAUUUGAUCAGAUGCGUGCUGAGGGUAUGAAAGCAGACACCAAGACAUUCUGCUGCCUUAUUAAUGGGUAUGCCAAUGCAGGCCUCUUCCACAAGGUGGUUAGCAGCAUUCAGUUGGCUGGAAAGUUUGAGAUACCUGAGAAUACCUCAUUUUAUAAUGCAGUGAUAUCUGCAUGUGCAAAGGCAGAGGAUUUGAUGGAAAUGGAGAGAGUUUUUAAGCGGAUGAAAGACAAACAAUGUCUUCCGAAUUCCACAACGUACUCUAUCAUGGUGGAGGCAUAUAGAAAGGAAGGUAUGAAUGACAAGAUAUACUAUUUGGAGCAAGAAAAGCAGGAGAUUGCAGUUCAAUGGUCCUUAAAAUGAUUAGGGCUUAGGAAUGGAGUUGUGUUUCUGUGAUUGACAACUUUGAAUAGAACUGUGAAUGUUUCAUGAAUUUCCUACUUCUUUAUGGCGUAGCUUGACGUUCUUUCUAUGCAGCAGUGGGCUGUAUUAUUGAAGCUACCAAUCCUUGAUGGUACUGGACUCCUCAGCCUUUUGAUUUCUGGUCAUGUGUUGUAAGAGUUCUGGAAAGCUAUUUUUUGAGAUACUGAUAUACAUAGUUGAUGUGGUGAUAGAGUUUAUUCGUGCAACUUUGUGUAAUCUUGUUGACUACCAUAAUACUUUCCAGAGAUUUGUAAGAAUGCAAUACAGUAAUGGUAUUGUCUAACUGAAUAAGAUUCUCUGAGAUGUGUUUUAACUUUUAGCCA